UACAUAUAGAUAUAUAUAUAUAUACACAUAUAAAAUAUAGUGUAUUUAAUUUAGUUUUAUAGUAUCUCUAGUAUCUGUAGCGUCAUGGCUGAUGAUGACGAUAAACCAAAGAAGCACACGAUCGACUCGCUCUUUCGCAUCUACUGUAAUUAUAAGGUGAUUGGCACAGAGCUGGACAAUGAGGAAUUUCAUAGCAUUCUGCUCUCACAACUGGACUGCUGGCUAAUGCAAGCCAAGCUAAUGCCUGUACCCAUAACGCGCACGCAAACUGGGCUGAUCUAUUUGCGCUAUAAAAAGUGGCGUCUAGAUUAUGAAGAUUUUCUUGAAGUGCUGCAAAUGCUUUCCGCCGAGGUCGAUUUGGGCUAUGAAGAGAUGAAGGAAACUCUCGUCUUGGCUGGCGCACCCACCGGGGCUACAGAAAUAGUUGUAGUCAAAUAAAAAUUUUAAUUAUGGUGAAGAGAACGAUAAAAUAAUAUAUUAAAG